GUAGUUUUGUAAUCAGUCAUCGUCAUUUUAGCAAACAGUGCAAACAGCUACGGGGCGGGAGCUACUGUAAGCGGCGGGGAGCUUGGCACCCCUGUUGAUUCGGAGGCAGUUAUGACGGAGCUUCGAUGCUCCACAAGACUUUGGUGAUAUGUACUCGACGACCUUCAGUAGAAGAUUUGGGACAGCUGCAAGAAUGUCUAAUGCUUCAUCGUCGCCGUUUACGCAGGCUGUCGUGGCGGCUGUGAGGAACUUGUAUCCCGAGAAACUGGCGGAUAGCAGUUUUGAUAACACCGGACUUCUCCUUGAGGCGCCACAUCGGAAGAACCAUCUGAAGAACUCGGUGCUUUUAACGGUAGACCUUACGAAGGGAGUCGCAGAUGAAGCAAUUAGGAGGAAGGACUCAGUAGUCAUUGCAUAUCAUCCAAUCAUUUUCCGAAGCCUGAAAGCUAUCACCCUUGCAAACACCCAGCAACAGUCACUCCUCCGGCUAGCUCAAGAGGGUAUCAGUGUUUACUGUCCGCAUACAGCGGUUGAUGCUGCGCCUGGCGGCCUCAAUGACUGGCUCGCAGACGUAGUAACAGGAAAGGCAAACAGCGAAGGACUAAGCAACGCCGCAGCACAUACCAAGGAGGUCAUAACCCCAGUCAAAGAUGCCGUUCCAGGCUUCGAAAGCGCCGGUUAUGGCCGCAUUGUCCGCUUCGAGCAACCUCAACGACUCGGCACGCUAGUAGAACGGAUCACAAAUGGCCUUGGCCCUCUAUCAGGAAUCUGUCUAGCUGUCCCACAGGAUACCCCCACGGGUUCCAAGGCAGAUCUUAAAAUAUCCUCUGUUGGGAUUUGUGCUGGCUCUGGCUCGAUGCUUAAUGGGCAGGAUGUGGACUUGCUGUUCACUGGGGAGCUGAGCCACCACGAGGCGCUGGGGGCGAUCGAGCAGGGCAAGGUUGUUGUCACGGCGUUCCAUAGUAACUCGGAGAGGAAAUUCCUGAGCCAAGGGAUGAAGCAGGACCUGCAGGCGCACAUCGCCGAAGCAUUGAAGGCCCAGGCCGCGAGUACGAGGCUGGAUGGCGCAAAGCCGGUAGCUGGGGAGGCCCCGUCUGAUGUCGCCGACUUUGAGGUGGCGGUUAGCGAGGUGGAUAGAGAUCCGUAUGAGAUUAUCGUGGCAGGGUCGAGUGGUUGGUAGAUAUGAGGGCGAAAUGUAAAAUAGCUCACAUAGCCUGCAACUAUUUGAUAGGUUUUGAAGUUGG